AUGGUUCUUCUGGUGAUCCUUGCGCAGUCAUCAAAUCCGAACCUGGCACCAACCCUUCCUACCGCAUCCAUUACCACUAACAACUAUUAUGCCAUGGCAACACUUCCUACUGUCUAUGCGUACUUUGCUGCCUCCAAGAAGAACUGCUAG